CCGGGCCGCCAGUCUGCAGCGAGGUACGGUCGGGGUUGCAAGCACCUCGAGGAAAAAAAUAACGACGCGCGGUUUUUCUCGCGGAUGCACGCGCGUCGCCAUCCGCUCGACCACUCGAGAACAUCGAGAACCAUGUCGAGACGGGAGCACGUAUCCCCGAAUUUUCGCGUACCGCGCGAACGACUCGUUCUUCCUUCGUCGAGCUCCGUGUUCAGCCGCGCGUUCUCGCGUCCGAAUACGUCGACGUAACGUCAUGCACCUCCUACGUUUGUAAAGUAUAUAUUUUUUUAUCAUUGACGAUGAAUCUUGCCGAUGAUUCUCGAAGGACCGUUCCGUUCUCCGUGUGCAAGUGAAGAAGGAUAUUUUUAGAUAUUCUGCUCCUCCCUCCUCCUCCUCCUCCCCUUUCCCUCCUUUUCCUAUCUCCCACUCCUCCUCCAAUGCGUUAACGUGCACGUGCAGUGAAGAAAUCGCGUCGCAACUAUCGAAAUAAUUGCAUCGCGCCAGCUUUGGAGAAGCAUUUCCGACAAACCCUCCACUUUUCAUCGGGAAAACUGUGUUCUUCACUUAUUAAACGGCGGCGGGCAAGAAGGUAAUAUGGGUGUGCAUCCUUUGCCGCAAGAAGCAAGAGUUGCUGUCGAAGACCGGGCAAUGGAUAACGAAGGCGGGCCUGGCUGCCGGGGACAACGCGAUGGUGCGACGAAUGCAGGACAUGCAGGUGGGUGGUCCUCCGGGACUCGUGGACCAAACUCAGGAUAAAAGACCGAAACUCGAGAGAGCGCACAGCGCGGCCGAAAAGGAGAAUUUGCCAUUGUUACUAAGCAGCGGAAGUUUGCUCAGAAGGCAGUACUCUCAGCAAGAGCAAGGCCCAGGGCGUCGACUGCCGACGAGCGAUAGCGGAGUGGACAUGUCCGUUUCGCCUCACUCGAGAAGCCUUCCGACGCCCCACAUCGUAGCUCCAUCCCAUCAGGCCCAACAACCGCCCAGGCAUCCGGACGCUUACGCGGAGGAUGACCCGAAUCUGUACAGAGGGGAGAUCGACGGUCUCAUGAAACAGCAGAACUACCAGCAGAGGCAACGGCCGAUCUACCCGGAUCAGAACACGGAUCUCGCGAUGACAUAUCAGCCUAUGGUAGAAGCGGGCCCACCACGAAGCGCGGUACAUCCCCCUCAGCAACAUUCGGUGCAUCAGACGCAAAGCGCGCACCCCCCGCAAUCGGUCGGGCAGAGUGGUGGUCUUCAGCCUCAGAGAAGCUUCAGCAGCAGCGAGGAGGAGCGAAGCACACCCGAGUGUGCGAGCGACGAGCCUGACGAAUCCGAGAAGGGGAAGGGGUACUACCACCAUACGGGAGGUCCGAUAUCAAUGUCCGGCGGUGGACGUAGGCACAACGGACCCCACAACGGGCACUACAACAUGGCCGCGAUGACCAUCGAAUAUAACGGUCAUCAUCCACCGCGAGAGCCGCGAAAAGAGGAGAACACUCUCGUGAGACGGAGCUUCCGAAGGAGUGGCGACGAGUGGCGCGCCGACAGUAGGAGGUUCACGGAGAGGAGGGGGAAAAAGACAGUACGAUUUGACGGUGGGACCAAUGUCGGCGGCCCUCAGGAGGAUUGGUCUUGGGAGGCCGAUCGGCAGGGUAGCCAAGACAGCGCGACCAAAGACUCCGGGAUAGACACCUCUAGCACGUUCACGAGCAGUGAGGACAGCAACAGGGGCGACCUGCCCAAGCAUCCCUGGCAAGUGAGCAGAGACGGCCAGAAGAUCAUUGGCCACAUGGUAUUGCGAAAGCAGUCCGGAUCCGGGAGCAGUAGUAGCAUACUCGGGUUGAAAGUGGUCGGCGGCAAACUGUUGGAGGAUGGCUCUAUGGGCGCCGUCAUCGAGAAGGUGAAGAAGGGCAGCACGGCCGACAUAGAAGGUCAACUCAGACCCGGUGACGAGGUGAUCAAGUGGAACGGCAGAUCCCUUCAGGGCAAGAGUUUCGGCGAGGUUUACGACAUCAUCGCCGAGUCGAGGCAGGAUCCCCAAGUGGAGCUGGUAGUCUCGCGGAAUAUAUCGUCGACCGCGGGUCCCAUGGCUACGGGGGGGCCUAUGACCGGGGGGCCGAUGGCGGUGAGGAAGACCGCGCAGACCCAGUGGAGGCAAAAGCACCCGGAGACGAUAUCCGGCCCGCAGCAUCACAAAGAUUAUAUGAUUUUUCGUAUUCCAGGUCUUAAGAAAUGUAUUCUAUGGGAGUUAUACGACGCGAGGCGCGAGAAACCUUCGGUUUUAGUGACCUCGCCUGGCUCGCCGGAUUUCCACGCUCGGGGACACGCAAGACACCUACGGCACGCGUCCAGCAACGCGAACGUCGGUGGUAAUCUCCAGGUGAAGCUGAGCUUCGACCCCGUGGCGCUACGGUUGAUCGUCACGUUGAUCUGCGCGGCGGGGCUCACGCCAAGGAGCAACGGCCAACCCAGAAAUCCCUACGCCAAGAUCUUCCUUCUUCCGGACAAGAGCGAAAAGUCGAAGAGGCGCACGAAAACGUUGGCCAACACGAACGACCCGAAGUGGAAUCAGACGUUCGUCUACGAGGGUAUCAGGAGGGUGUCGGAGUUGAGGAAAAGGGCGCUCGAGAUCACCGUGUGGGAUUACGGGAAGUACGACACGAACGACUUCCUCGGCGAGGUGGUGCUCGAGCUCGGCGCGGCGCGUUUCGACGAGGAGGCCGAGUGGCAUCCCCUCACGGGGCACAGCGAGCACCGGCAUAUUGGAUACUAUCAGGAGCCCGAUGACAUGGUGAUAACUCCGGUGGACUGCCAUCUCAGUCCACCGUCGACGACGUCGCGGCUCAGCGACUCUGACACUUCCGAAUGCGAUAUCACGGACUGCGACGGCUCCAGGGAGCAAAGGAGAACAGCUGACGGUGCCAGUAUAAGCAGUAUCGGCAGUUCCUCCAGGUUUCAUAAUAUGCCGUCAAAUUAUAAGCGCCACUAUUCUAGCCCCCCGCCGGAAAGGGAGCUCUGCAUGGACGGGGAGCAUCGAAGUCGAAGGGACAUGUCGCCGCAGGGGCGUAAACGGGCCCUUAUACGGGAUCAACCGGCUUCUAUUUCCGGUUACCAGACCUAUCGCAAGGACGAUAUUCAUCGAGGAAUGAUGAGCCACAGGUCGCACAGUGCAGCGCCCAUGGAUUCGCCGAGCCUUCGAUACCGAGGAAGGUCUCAAAGUCCCACCGGUCAUCGCUCUCUGUCCCCGCCCGAGCACAGAUCCAUGCCCUACUCGCACGGCUUCGUUCCACCCAGAUUCAGCUCGAGGUCGGCGACUGCCACUCCCACCGGUAGCCCGAAGAAGAGGCAGCUGCCUCUGAUCCCCUCCGCCCUGAAGGAAAGGGCUGCCCAGGAUCUCGAGGAGCGGGCCAGAUUCAUGAGACACCGAAGUAGGCAGGUGCACACGUACAGGAGUACGGGGAUGGGAGGUUGGGAAAGACACUAUAGCGGCCUGUCCGACUCGGAUCUGCUCUCGAUUGAUCACGAUCCGUUAUCGUUGCCGCACAGUCACGCUUAUCGAAUGCACAGACCGCGGAGGGGGGGACACUUAAGUCCUGACAAAGACGUACUUGGAGAUCUCGGUGACUCAGAUAUGGAGAGUGUAGCCUCCGUGACGAGCAGUGCCUUCAGUACGCAAUCGGAACGACCACGUGGCUCUAGAGGACUAAUACCGACAGUUAAAAACGUUUUAAUACCCGGUGUCAUAUCCCCAAUGCCCCUGCCCCCUAGGCGCAAUAGGCGCAGGCACAGACUUAGGGUACCCUGCAGCGAAUGUCACUGUCCGAACAACAAUCCCACCAAGCCCAGGAGCAACAACCCCAGCAAGCACAAUCCCACCCCGCAUCCCCUCGUACGGAGCAAGUCCGCAGUGGUGCGCUCGUUGUACAGAAAGAUGCGUACGCCGUUCACGAGGUCGCAGACCGUCGACGAGAACAUGCUGAGAUAUUACAGCCCGGAGACCAGCGAGUACAGCGUCUCCGAGGGUUACAUGCUCAAGCCGGAGGAGCUUACGGGUAGCUCAAAGAAACGUAUACCGGAGAUAUACGUGGAGGAUUGCCUUCAGGUCGACUUCAACGACCGGCUCAUCGAGAAGUUUCGCGACAGAUACUCGUCGCCCUAUCAACUGGAGGCCGGUACCCGUAGACGGUCGCGUAGCUGGCAAGAUCGCGGCGGAAGAGGGGCGAAAUCUAGGCACCACUUGUUCUCGAGAGGGUUGCACGACGUUACGGACGAUCUCGGCAUUAGGAAUCUAGACGUUAGCUUACGGCCGCGUAGAUCGUUUUUAUUCUCGAAGGCUAGGAGCUUCGACUACGACGUGCUCCACGACACCUACGCGGAUCGUUACGCCGGUUUCGGACUAGGAGCGGGGAUGCUCUCGCGUAGGGCCAAGAGUUUCGAGUACGACACGAUCUCGAGCAACAUAUUCAGCGACGACAGCCUGAGGACGGCGCGCCGCAAGUUGAAGAAGAAUCUCGCCAUCAACGACGCGGGUUACGGCGACAAGAUACCGGCCCUCGGCGACCAGAGCAAAUCGUACUUCGACUCGAACGGCGACGAGAAGGUGCCCAAGAUUCUGCUCGAUCGCGAGAAGAAUUACGACUACAUGCUGAAGCAGGAUCGCAAACCGUUCUACGGUUACGAUUCCGAGUUCAGUUGCGGCGAGACCGAGAUAUACGUGCCGCGUUUCGACGAGCAGGGGGGGGUCGAAGCGGGGGGAGGAACGGUGCCCGUCGUCAAGCCUUACCGUUCCUCGUACGAAUUAUCGGAGGAGAACUCGUUCAGCAGCGACGAUCAGACGAUCGGUUUCCUCGACAGGGAUCCCACGCUCCUCCUCGGCCCUCGGCAGGAUCCCACGAAACGGAAGUACACCGCGUCGACCUUCCAAAUCGAUCCCCCCACCUUCGCCAGAGACGUAUCGGAGAAACGCACGAGGAGCGUGGACACCGAUAACGAGCACAUAUACUGCAGCAUAGACGAGGCGAGCGUGGACAAGUACCGUGGCCGGGACAGGAAGAAGAAGAUCCCUCGUUCCUCCUCCGCGCGAGGAGGAAUCGUGCCCGAUUUCGAGGCCCGUUACGACGGCGAACGGAGAAGGACGGCGAUCGAGGCUCGUUCUCCUUCUCGAGGAAGGGCGAAAAGCGGCGAGUCGUAUUUGGAGAACGGCGGUUACGACGGUUACGUGGAAUGGGACGUGGAGGCUUACGAGGACGAAGGGUUCAUCGACCGAGGGAAUAUCGCGGACGAUUACGAGCAGCAACAACAACAACAGCAACGGCAACAACAGCAGCAGCAACGACGACGACGACGACGACGACGAAUGUACGAGGAUUACGAGGAUGAAAACGCGGCGAGGAGCGACGCCGCGAUCGAGGCGUACGAGGACGAUUAUUACGGUGGCCGCGGAGAGGAGAGAGGAGAGGACGGUGGAAGAGGUGGACGUAAGAGGAGGCCGUCGCAGUACGUGGACGGCGAGUACGCGACGGACGGCGAUUAUCGCGAUUAUCGUUCAGCGGAGGAGUACGAUUACGAAGCGCACAGUGGGCCGGAGUACGGGCGUGCGGAUCACGCUGCGUAUCAGGAGAACACGUUCCCCCGUAGAAGAAGGAGGAGAAGCAGGCGAGAGCCUGUGUGCAGAGAGGCGAGCAGCACGGGGAUUUACGAGAAUUUCGAGGCGGCAUAUGGAGGACGGGACGUGGAACGUCCAAACGAAGCCGCGUUGCUCGCCGUUCCAACGUUCUCCGAGAGCAAGCGAAUGAUGCUGCAACGGGCCGAAUCCACGCCGAUCCUACGCUCGGACGAGGAGUUGAGCUCGUCGGAGAGGGCCGAGAGAGCGAGGCGUCUGCUGCACCGCCGGAAACGGAACACGAGCUGCCCCGAGGCGAGGGAGCUCCGUUACUACGAGGCUUCGCGGAGGAAGGGAGGCGAGGAGGAAGAGGAGGAAGAAAGAAGGACGAAGCUGGUACUGGACUCGGACGAGGAUUUCGGCUCGAUGGAGACGGUCGUGUGCGCCGACUGUUUCCGCGAGAGGGGCGGCGGGGGCGGAGGGACGAUGGGUAUCGGAUCGGUUUACAAGGACGUGGAACAGGUUACUCGGGAGUCGAGGUACGAUUACGAGAACGUGGCGACGGAGAGCCGCGGCGAGCGUUACGCGGGAUCGUACGGGGAGCCGCCGCCGCCGCCCUCUCGCACGGGGCGGGGAGGAGUAUCGGAGUAUCGGGUGAUUAGGCGUAAGACCAGCUGUCCGGAGUGUCGGGAGUUAGCGAUGUCGGGUUGCCAGGAGUUAGGUAGGUCGGGCUGGUUGGCGCGUAAGGUCGAGGAGAGGAGGCCGUCGAUAGAAUCGAGGCAUAGGUAUUAUCGUAGGCGAAAUAGCAGUUGCCCCGAGGCUAGGGAUCUCGAGCUGCUCGAGAAGAGGGAGGAGCAGGAACGGCACGGCCAGCAGGCCCAGCGGCACCCGAGCCAGCAACAGGCGCAGCAGCAGGGUAGUAAGAGGAACGUAGCGAUCAGCGACACCCUCGAGUACUACGAGUACUCGAUGGAGAGCGAGAGCCAGUGCAGCGAGAACUGCGGAUUUGGCCCGUGCGAUCCGCGUAGGCCCCGUAACCGAGCACCCCACCCCGGUAACGCUAAUUCAAGUCUCUUUGAUUCCCAAACCGCUACCUCCGACACUGCUAAAAACUACCACCCACGGGCCGUCGAUCACCACGAAACCUCACGAAACACGAAAUCGUCGCCGCGCGACAACUACGACGAUUCGGCCGUGGCCACGCCCUCCCUAUCGUCGUCCAUCCGACGGCAUUCCCGGAAAAAAACCGUCGCCGACGACGCCUCCACCGCCGCCGUCAACCGACAACGCGACGACGGCCGGGAUCGCCGAUCCUCCUCCAUGCCCGAAAGCAGCGAGUACACCGGUCAGUCGGGCUCGUACGAGAAACCGUCCAGGAGCCAGCCACCCGAUAGCGAGCACGACGAUCGUAAAAGGGGUCAGUUCACCAGGAGUCUCAGUAACACCGACGCGCCGCAGGACGAGAAAGUCGACGGUAGUUUGAGCGACACGGCGAUCGGUUUGAACGUCGAGGACUCCUCGAGAAGGGGUCGCAAGAGCUCGCCCGGGAGUAAAAGCGGAAGUGGAAGUAGCAGCGGUGGGGGAAGCGCGGUGCAGUAUCAGUCGGGUCUGGGGAAGAAGAGUAACAGCACCAGUCAACUGUCCGCUACAGACAGCGAGCGUUUAACCCAUCGAGGAACGAGAUCUUUUGCAGGCUUCCUUGCGUGGGAUCAUCCAUAUCAUCGAAUCUCAAAGCUUAACCCGACAACACAGGUUGACGAAGUCUUUCUCUUUCUACGUGAAUGCAGUGUCGGCGGGGUCUUCGUCGGAAGUGGUGUCGCGGAGGCACGCGCCGGUUUAUCGAGCCGGAAACGCAACAGCACGCCGAGCAGCAUACAACGUUCCGAGGAGAUUGUACCAUAUCAACGCUUUGAAUCCGGGAAACAGUCGGGAUCGGUGGCCAGUGACACAGCCGGAAGUCUCAACUCGAUCUCUAGUUCCGAAGGAAGCUCUUGGUCCCCCAGUCUACGAAUGUCGGGCGAAACCGGCCAACUGAGAGAUUUCAUCGAAGAUCUUGGGCCUGGGCAAGUGGUCGGGAGGCAGGCACUCGGUGCACGCUGCCUUGGCGAGAUUCAGCUCUCGCUCUCUCAGAAGAAAGGCUUCCUCGAAGUGGAGGUCAUACGUGCCAAAGACCUUAAACCGAAACAGGGCACUAAAGCCAUUCCAGCUUCCUACGUGAAAGUUUAUUUGGUGAACGGGAAGAAAUGCAUCGCGAAAGCGAAAACGACAGCAGCCAGGAAAACGUUGGAUCCGUUCUACCAACAAUCGUUAGCCUUCAGAGAAAAUUGCCGGGGUUGUAUACUGCAGGUGACAGUAUGGGGUGAUUACGGCCGAUUAGAAGGGAAAAAAGUGUUCAUGGGCAUUGCGCAGAUCGUGUUGGACGAACUGAACCUCAAUGAGAUGGUGUUCGGGUGGUAUAAGCUGUUUGGCAACAUAUCCCUGGUCAGUGGACCACCAUCCUUAGCUUUGUCCCGUCGAUCCUCGGCCACGUCCUUAGAGUCCUUUAAGAUUUAAACAGCUCUUCCAUCUGCUAUUCUCUUUUAAGUGUAAUCCGACGGUAGUUUUCGAACUUCUUUUCGAGCACAAUUCCCACGAUGGAAAGUAAAGUAAAAAGAAAAAAAAGAGAAAAAAAAAAGAAGAAGAAAAAGGGGUAAAAAAAGAAAAAGAGAGGGAAAAAAGUAUUAAAAAAAAGAAAAAAAAAAUAUCGAAUAUAUUCUUGAUCGCGUUUGAAGAUAUAAUCUACACACACACACAUAUAUAUAUACAUAUAUUUUUUUUUCGAACGGAAUAUCCAUAUAUAUACAUAUAGAUGUAAUUGUUCGCGAAUAUUCGAGGAUCGUUAAGAUGAAUUAAAAAACGCGUAAGUUUAAAGAUUUUCAUAGAAAUUUCACGCGAUACGAUUAUUCGUUGCAUCAUCACGAGAAAGAAAGAUGUCGCGUUUCAAUUGUUCGACGAUCGAUCGAAUGAUAUCGAUAACCGUCGGCUCUGAAUACGGUAAAAUAAAGUAAAUCACGAUCGAUGAUCUCGUAUUAACGAGAGGAAAAAAAUAUAUCCGCAGUGAGAGGAAAGUUUGCGUGGGUAAAGAAUUUUGGGCAAGUGAGUUCGCGUUGUUGGACGAGAAAAAACGAGAAAAGUGUGUUUUUUGUACUUGUACAAGGUAACAGCGAGAAUGGGAAAAGUGUGAAAGGUCGUACGAGAGGACAUGUCUUUCUAGAAACACCACUAGCACAUCACAUAUCAUGUACGGCAUAUCAGAUGAGCCACUAGUCUGUAGACUAGAUGUAGAGAUAGCAGCCAUGUUCCUGGAGCGCCAGAUAGUUUUAGUGAAAGCAGCCCAGAGAUACUCGAUACGAGAUCGAUACGAAUUUCAACGCGGUGUGCCGUGAGAAAGGAGUGCCGAACGGUGGUGAUUCUAUGUUCGAUGUUCAAGUGAUACGGGGGAAACGAGAAACUUGUGAAGUGGUGAAAUUGUUCGAGUCUAAACCCGUUACGAACGGUGAUACGGUGACGCGUUAUAUUGUGAAACAUUUAACGAAAUUUUAAGUAACCAACAAUAGUAACGAUAUAUUAUCCGCGUGUAUUAUCGCGGAUACAAGACAUUUUCCGAUAAUAUAAUAUUUGUACAUAAUUUGAGAACGCUCCAAUGUGUUGAACGCCAAAGUGACGAUUUUCAGGACAUAAAAAAAAUAUAUAUAUAUAUAUAUAUAAAAAGAAGAGAAAGACAUAGUAUGAACGAUCAAAUGAACGAAUUAGAAAGGAAAAAGAAAGAGAAAAAGAAAGAAGGAAGGAGAAAUUAACUUGGAACUCGUUGUCAAAAGUUUUUAGCCAACAGAUAUCAUCGUCAGAGCGUAUAUUAUUUAUUGUAAAUAAAUUAUAACAAUAUAUAUAUAUGUAUAUAUAUACAUAUAUAUAUAUGAAUUCGCGAUACGUAUGCACGCAAGUGUUAAUUAAGAAAAUGAUGAACAAUUUGCCUUGACCGUCGCGUUUUCGUCAUCCCGUUCCCCUCGCGAUUUCAAGGAUCGCGGCGUAACCGCAACGCGUAUCGAUUUUUACUAUCACUAUUCGAGACAAGAAAAAGGAAAAAAAAAAAAAGAAAAUAACAAUAGUAAUAAUAAUAUUAAUAAUAAUAAUAUUAAUAAUAAUUAUAAUAAUUAAAAAUAAUAAUAGUAAUAAUAGUAAUAAUAAUAAUAGUAAUAAUAAUAAUAAUAAUAAUAAUAAUAAUAAUAAUAAUAAUAAAAAUAAUAAUGACAAAGCUCGAGACGAGACCGGGACUUUGGAUUCGAGCUUUGUGUCGCGUUUGUUAUCCGUCGAAAAUCGUCCGUGGAUUCGAACGUAUCGCGAGAGCGAACGGGAACGAGGCCGAGAAAUAUCGUGAAUUAGCGAAUUGUUGUUGAACGUUAAAGUAGCCCAUCUUCAACUAUUUUGCGUGAUAAAAUGAGCGAGCGAGCGAGUGAGCGAGUGAGCGAAUGAAUGAGCGAGAGAGAUUGAGAGAGAGAGAGAAAGAAAGAUCGAGAGCGUACGAGCGAGCGAGAGAAAAAAAAGUAAAAUGCUAACUAUAUCGACUGUCAUAUAUUGUGAUUAUGUUAGUUUUUAUUUAAUUAUCGAAUAACCUCACGGAAUCGGAUGUUACGCGUAAGGGGACAACCUUGUAUGUAUGUAUACCUUUUAGAAUAUUUUAUUCUCUUUAUCGACUUGCACUCGAUUUUCAAAGGAACGCUCGUUUUUUUAACACGAAUAUUUACCGAUACGAACCGCCCACGUAAAUUCUUGCGUAUAAAACGGACCCUCCGUGGAAUCGCGCCUCGUCCCCUGAAAACAGAGACACGCCACGGAAACCGUCGAUCCAUGAAUUAACAUUACGUAUUACGCAUCGUUGCUGACGAACCUCUCGGGAAACGGAAGCGGAAACGGCGCCCGCCAUCGUCCACGAGGAACGAAGGGAGGAGCGCGAUUCGAUGAAACUCACAAUCGAUUUUAUAUCUCUUUAAUUCUCAUGUUAUGUGUUCGAUCUUUGUCUGUGCAUUUGUCUGUCCGGUCACUUGUGAACACAAAAAAAAAAUUCGAUGAGCAUGCACGUGUACGUAGAUAAUUAUCUAUAUAGCAUUAAACACUUGAUUAACGAAUGUAAUUUUCUUUUUGCCGAUUGUGCUUGCAAUAUGUGAAUUUCUCUUUGCAAAAAUGGGAUGGGAUAGGAGGAAAGGAGGGGAGGAAAAAAAAAAAACAAUUGUGGAUAAAAGAAAAAAAAAGGAAUUUUAUUCGAAGUCGAUCGUGUGAAGAAAAAUUGAGAAUAAGGGAGGAAUCAUUCGAGUCGAAGAGAUUAAAAAGAAAUCUGCCGGUUUAAUUGCUUCGAACAAAUAUCGUUCUGCUUUUUCGAUUGCGACACGUUGAUUACGCGAUUCGUUGAGAAACGCGACAACGGUUGUCGUCCUUUUUCAUCGCGAAAAAAAAUUGAGUUCGUUCCCUUACAUCGCUUCACUCCUCGUUUGUUACUCUUUAAAAGGUACUCCUUGGAUAUUGAUCGACGUCACUGAAAUAGAGUCACCAUUUUUCUUUCGGAGAUACUGCAGAAUAGCUACUUAUGUAGGUACCACACGAGGGUCUAAAAUUUGCAACCGAAUCUAAUUUUUUGUGUAUCAAUCUAUACUUUUCCACGGAACGUUUGAAUAAGAAAUUUUCGCGUAUUAAAAUUAGAAACUUUUAGAAAGUUUUUCUAUGUCAGUGACUUCAUUAUCGAUAUCUCAUCACAUAUUUUACGCUUUAUAAAACCCGGUGUCACGCUACUACGCUUUAAAUUCUCGCGACGAAGUUCUCUAUCAUUUCUUUCUUGCAUUUGCACUCUCGUCGUAUUACCCGCUAUUGCCACGCGAAAUUUUGUACAAAAUUCCAAAGAGAUAUAGUUUAAGCAAGUUUAAGAGCGAAACAAUGAUCACGUAAUCACGAUGCGAGGCUUAAUUUCGAAAACAGAAUUGAGAUGAGAUGGAUAAAAAAAAAAAAAAAAAAAAAUAGUGAGGAACUCGAUUCUUUCGCGACAAAUUCUAUAGAUAGGCUAAACCAUCUGGUAACCGGGUAAUCGAUCGACCAUUAUUACGAGAAGGAUGUAUAAAAAAAGAAGCGAUAUCUUAUCAUACCUAUAACACGCUUGAUUUAGUGGACAGAACGUGCAGCAAGGGAAUAAAAAAAAAGAAAAAAAAAAAAAAAAAAAUCGAAAAAAAGAAGCUUUUUUACUCGUGAACGAAGAAAAAAAAAAAAGCGAACACAAACCAAACGUAGAGUUCUAUCAGACGACGUGUAACGUAAAUUAUCAAAUGAACAAACGAAGAAAAAAAAAUUACUAUUAAGUCGAUUUCUAAGUAAAAAAAAAAAAAACAUUUUGCAAGUGCAUGACUUAUAUUAGUAGACUCUUGGAACAAUGACUACGUAAUUAACCACACAACAAAAUAUAAACUCUGUAUUAGUGAAUAACACUUGAUAAGGAAAAAAAAAAAAAAAAA